AUGGUUUAUCAGUCUCAAAUAUCCUUCACACUAGAUACCAUCUGUCCAUGGACCUAUCUUGCUAGGAGGCGCCUCGCAAAGGCGCUUGAACAAGUCCGAUCUACCAAUCCGGGAGUGACGUUCACUAUCAAGUACCUUCCCUACCAACUAUACCCUGAUGCGCCGCAAGAGGGCGAAGACAAGUAUGCCUGGUAUCGCGACGCCAAGUUCAAUGGAGAUGAAGAGCACAUGCGCAAGUAUGUGGUACUAAUGACAGCAUAUGGCAAAGCCGAAGGGAUUGCAUAUAAGUUCGGUGGAAGAGUUGGCAACACCCUUCAGGCGCAUAGGGUCAUUCAGCUCGUUCAAGAGGCCAAAGGACCUGAUGUAGCUGAGAAGGUUGUCGACAGUUUAUACCGACAGUACUUCGAGGAGGAGCAACAUCCGAGCUCCAAGGAGACGCUGCUGAAGGCGUUAGGAGAAGCAGGGCUCAGUGAGACAGAGGCCAAGAAGCUGGUCGAGGACGAAGACGAGGGGCUGAUGGAUGUCAAGAUGUUGAUCCGAGAACAGGCAGGCAACGGGGUGGAUGCAGUGCCAUAUAUUGUCUUUGAAGGUAAGAGACGCGACUUUACGCUCGAGGGCUGCAAAGAAGUCGAUGAGUAUGUCAAGGUGCUGCAGCAGGUAGCCAAGGAGAGUGGCUGA